AUGGAGAAUUAUCUUCAGAUGCAGUUUGAUUGCGGUGAUCCGCAUUUACCACCGGGGUUUCGGUUUCAUCCGACUGAUGAAGAACUUAUUACUUACUACUUGUUGAAGAAGGUUUUGGACUGCAACUUCACUGCUAGAGCUAUUGCGGAAGUUGAUCUCAACAAAUGUGAACCUUGGGAACUUCCUGGGAAAGCGAAGAUGGGAGAAAAAGAAUGGUAUUUCUUCAGUCUACGUGAUCGGAAGUAUCCAACAGGGCUGAGAACUAACAGAGCUACUGAAGCAGGUUACUGGAAAGCUACUGGAAAAGAUAGAGAGAUUUUCAGUUCAAAAACUUGUGCACUUGUUGGUAUGAAGAAAACCCUAGUUUUCUAUCGAGGAAGAGCUCCAAAAGGAGAAAAAAGUAACUGGGUUAUGCAUGAAUAUCGCCUUGAUGGCAAAUUUGCUUAUCACUACAUCUCCAGGAGUUCCAAGGACGAGUGGGUGAUCUCGCGGGUCUUUCAAAAAAGUACCGGUUCUAAUGGUGCCGCCACUUCAACUGGUGGCGGCAAAAAAAGGCUAAGUUCAAGCAUAAACAUGUACCAGGAAGUGAGUUCACCGUCUUCCGUCUCUCACCUUCCGCCACUCCUUGAUUCCUCCCCGUACAGCACCACCGCUACUUCCGCUACAGCUAUCGUAAUCGGCGAUCGCGAUCAUGAUCAUCAUAGCUUCAAAAAGGAGCACGUGCCCUGUUUCUCCACAACUGCUACUGCUACAAUAACAACACAAAGUCUAACUUUCGAUCCAUCAUCUGUCUUCGACAUUUCAACAAACACCUUGCAUGCACUACAGCCAACUCCAAGUUUCAGUUCUAUUUUGGACUCUACUCCAACUAAUUUCACCAAUUACACAAGGAACUCAACUUUCCCAAGCUUAAGAUCACUCCAUGAGAAUCUCCAGCUUCCGUUAUUCUCCGGCGGAUCUUCCUCCAUGCACGGCGGAUUUUCUAAUCCGAUGGGUAAUUGGACCGUGCCGGAGACUCAGAAAGUUCAACAGUCUGAACUUGACUGUAUGUGGAGCUACUGA